GGUGCAGGCGAUGGGGGCGGGAGAUGACUGUAAUCACGCGGGGAAUAUGGAACUAAUCAAGUUUGCGUUAGCCUUACUUUUCGUUAUUAUCGAAUUCCAGCAAGACGCGAUGACCUUCAGCUCUCUCCGUCCACCCAACAGCCACCUCCAGAGAGAUGAUUUCGUCACUGAAGCGGUACAGUCCAACAGACAAGCAAACAGUGUGGUUGCACUAUUUAAGGCUGGUGAUGAAAAUAUUUCCCCAGUUAGGAAGAGGAGUGAGUCGAAACACCUCACGGGGGCACCACCUACUGGUGUCAGCUGCACAUCAAUAGCAGACUCGCUAGCGCUUAAUGUGAAUGAGAUUCAGGAAAUUCAGAUGCAGAAGAAGCAGCGAAUCAUGAUCUCUAGCUUUCUAGCUCUACACCACGAAAUCAAAGAACUCAAACGGCAACGCCAAAACAUACCCGCUGUAGUCUCAACAGCGAACGAAAUCUGGGACGUAGCGGUGCAAUAUUUUCGCUUGGUUCGUCAAAGUUUCCAUCCCAACAGCAGACAAUUCCAGGUUGUGCGAGCGAUGAUGGCUCCGGACGUCGUGUACAACUGCGAAUACGGUUUUGAGGCCAUAGUGCAGAGCUGGUGCUUUAUGCAGUGGUUUGGGAACGUGGAAGUGGAGCUUGAAAACCUGAAAAUGUGCGCUGGAAACGAAAUGAUUGCAACCACAAGAACAAAAGUGACGAUCACGGAACGAACUCUAGCCAAUGUUUUUCCUCAUUUACUCAACUCCAAGCUAAGCAAUGGCACUACUUUCUCCUCUUUGGCAAAUAAACUUCUAGGCCAGCGACUGACGAUGCGUGGCUCAACAUGUUUCAGGUGGGACGGCAAGAAGAACCUGGUGGUCAGCUUGGUCACUCAAAGUGAUAUGUUACGUCCGCUUGUGGAGUUGCUGGAGAGUUUGGACGAUGUAUCUCGAGUAUUCGAACAAGCUGCUAUUUCUCCUAGCUUUCAGUGGCGAUUGACCUUGUGA